AUGUUUCAGAAUAACUUGAAGAUGAAUCUAGCACAAGCUCUCCGCAAGCAAGCUCCAAUCGACAUUCAUCCAGAAGUCGAAGACGCGCUAGGUCGUAAUAUACCUGUUGUCGCUCUCGAGUCAACCAUAAUAUCCCAUGGCAUGCCCUAUCCUACUUCGUUGGAGACAGCUCAGUCUCUUGAGAGUAUAGUCAGAUCUACUGGCAGUGUGCCAGCCACUAUUGCGCUCAUUGGCGGUCGCAUCAAGAUCGGUCUCCAACCUCUCGAGUUGGAAUACAUUGCAGACACGACUGCAAAUCCCAAUAUUACCAAGCUUUCGAGACGUGAUAUUGCUCCAGCAAUUUCUAUGAAAAGGGACGGUGCGACAACGUGCAGCGCCACGUUGAUAUUCGCAGCUUUAGCAGGCAUUAAGGUCUUUGCUACAGGAGGGUUAGGCGGAGUUCAUCGUGGUGGAGAGCGCACUAUGGAUGUAUCUGCUGACCUGCAGGAAUUGACUCGUUGCCCUGUUGGACUAGUCUCUGCGGGGGUGAAGUCCAUUCUUGAUAUAGGGCGAACUCUGGAAUAUUUGGAAACUCUUGGAGUACCGGUUCUGACUUAUGGCCAAACUAACGAUUUCCCAGGUUUCUACACCGCUAGAAGUGGCUUUAAAACACCUUGGCGAGUAAACGAUGCAGGAACUGCUGCAACGGUCUUACACACACAAUGGAAGCUUGGGAUGACAAACGGAGUUCUAUUCGCUGCUCCUAUACCAGAAGAAUACGAGGCGGCUGGCUUGGCCAUCCAGCAAGCGGUUGAGCGGGCCAUCUCUGAGGCUGAAGACAAUGGCAUCCAUAAGAGUGGAAAAGAAGUGACGCCUUGGCUUCUGAAACGUGUCGGCGAGAUAACGGGAGGGAAGUCUCUUGCUAGCAAUGUCGCACUUGUACGAAACACGGCACUAAUCGGCGGUCAGAUUGCCGUAGAAUAUGCAAAGUUGGAACGAUAUACUACAGCACAAGAUGUUCAAUUACAUCCUGUUGCAAAGCUUUCCACUCUAACCAAUCUCACUAUACAAGAAAAACCAGUCUACUCCAAGACAGAGCCAUCUCCCUCACUAAUUGUCGUCGGCUGUGCGGCAGUUGAUAUAACUUCCCAACCUUAUGUGCAUCCAGACUCGAAUUCUAACCUUGGUUUACACUCCACUUCGCCUGGAAAGGUAUCCAUAUCCUUAGGGGGAGUCGGACGCAAUAUAAGCGAAGCGGCUCAUAGAAUUAUGUCUUCCCAAUCGCCUGACUUGUCUUCUGCCACCAUGUUAAUGUCUCCAGUCGGUAGUGAUCCUUUUGGCCGACUACUUAUGGAUGAAACUCGGAUGCUCGGUAUGAGAACAGAUGGAUUAAUCGCGAACGAUGAAGAGAGUUCCGCUGUCUGCAAUAUGCUUGUCGAUGCCUCAGGGAAUCUCAAGGAAGGCGUUGCUGACAUGGAUAUAACAUGUUCAUUAGAUGGAGAUAUGGUCGUGCGGUAUCUAGAAACGUACACGCCCAAAGUCUUAGCUGUCGAUGGUAAUUUGUCCGAAACCACGCUUACAACACUUGUAGAUUACUGUUCACAGAAAAAACUUGACAUUUUCUUCGAACCUACAUCGGUCAUGAAGUCGACGAAUAUCCUUUCAGCAAUUGCAGAGGUCAAAGACUUAACGCGUUCUCCUGUAACCUUUGCAUCUCCUAAUAUCCUUGAGCUUUGUCGCAUAUACCAUGAAGUGCGCUCACCCUCGUGGGACCUAAUGUCUAGUGAAGCAUGGUGGCGUGUUAUCGACGGGUUUGGACUGGGCUCGGCAUUCCGCAUGGAUUUGGAGAAAUUAGCUCGAAUGGAUGUCUCAAAGGACGACCCCAGACAAGGAACACUAUCUUUCCUAAUCAGCGAAGGCAUUGCACAAAUGGCCAUAAAUCUCCUCCCGUUUUUCGAAAAGCUCGUGAUAAAGUGUGGGGAACGUGGCGUCAUAGUCGCCAUGCGCUUAAGCGGACAUGUUGUGGAAACUUUGCCAUGGAUAUCAGCGACCAAUAGCUUCGAUGCUCGCCGUGUCAUCGCCCGGUCUAUGUCUUCACGGGAGAUGGUCGUUCUGCAGCACUUUCCAGCUCUACACAUUGACAAAUCAUCCAUAAUCAACGUCACAGGAGCUGGGGAUUCACUGGUCGGCUCGCUCCUUGCCACCCUUGUGAGCAACCCCAAGGCGUUUGAGAGCCCAAAAUCAUUGAAGGACAUGGUCGAUAAAGCGCAACAGGCCGCAGUGUUGACUUUACAGAGCUCGGCUAGUGUCUCUCCAUUACUUUCAGCUAUGUCUGCAUCUAAAAAAACUCUGGAGUUGUAAUACAGGUAUUUUGAUCUAUAAACAAACAUGUUAUCAUACUCAAUUGGCCUUCAUAUAUUCGAGACCACUUUCAAAUAACACUACUGACGUGCACGUGAAAUGCACGUGUUAACCCCUGUCUCCCAUUGGUUUUUGGUGUCUCAGAACUUUUGCACAUAUGCCAGUCAUUGCCUGAUUUUUGUCUUCAUUCUCUAUGUGAAAGCUCUAUAAUUUCUUUUUGCAAUUGCUCUGAGCAACUAUUAGACCCCUCCAUCUGGUAACCCACCCCUCGCUAAUACUUACUUACCAGCUUUCUUAUCAAUCCUCCUUUACUACCCAUUGACCUGAACCGUCCACUUUAACACUAAGUUUCCAUUUUUGUUGGUCCAUCCACUGAUCUUUGAGAAACCCGUCCCACCAUCGUAUGUGAACCUCCCCAUAGUUGUCAAAGAAGUAACCCGCAAUUCUCGGAUCUGGUCCCAGAUACUCAUGCCUUCUUGAUACGACGUCAUCCGCGUGAACAUAAUUCACUGCCUUUACACCGUCAGCUUUCCCCUCUUUCAACUCCAUAUAAUGUUCAAAUACGAAUUGAUUGAGAUCCAUCCCCUCUGAAAUCCCUCGUACAUCCACUCCGCCCCGUGCUAAAUAGGUCCGCGGGAGAUGCAUCCUCGUGCGAUAUUCGACACAUUUUUUUUGUAGAGGCCAUCGAUGAACGUGCCAGGCAGAUGCUCUACUGAUAUCUGUUAAUUUUUUAAUCGCAACUUGUCGUUCCUUUUCGCUCGGUUUUGGAACAUCCAAGGUCAAAUUUGGUUCCUUGUUUUCCUGCUUGGCCUUCAUAAUUCGUGCAGCUUGACGACUGACAAAAGAAUGUGAAGCGACCAACGUUGAUCGUAAUUUUAGCUGGUGUCUUUUAUUUGAUCGAUAGCGACUUCGAAUUUGAUCAGUUUGCUGAGUGUCGCUCCAGAUUCAGAGCUUAGCAAAAAAAGGUCAGAAUUCGAAGCAUGCAUGUACAUCUGCGAGUCACAUAUGCUGCACAUUUUGCUCAUAGUAGAGUCAUACACACUGUGGGAAGUAAGGU